AGUCCAUCACAAAUACUCUUCAUUUCUCCAAUUGAAAUUUCAGUUACGAUUAGUUUUCCCUUUUUUUCUUUUCUCUCUCUCUCGUUUCUUUUUUAUUUUCUUGGUUUAUUUUCUUUCUUUCCCUCUCAAUUUUCCCUCACUUUAUCGCGCUUUCUCUCUGUCCAAACACCUUCCCCUUCUCCGUUUCUCUGCGGCAGAUGGAGAUGCCAAUGGAGGAUUCGCGCUCCUGUGAAGUUCUCUCACUGCUCCUCGACGCCUUCCUCAGACACGCUCGAUCUCCGCAAUUACCUAACACUUCUUCUAUACGUCCCAGGCAACGAAUAUCUGGUUUUACGACGCCGUUUUGAAAAGGAUUUGGAGCUGAGCUAGCAAGAGUUUUUGUCGAAUCUUGAUCUGGAAGAAGCGUUAGAAGCAUGUGUUUUUUGUAAUUUCGGAGCAAUUCUCGUUGUAUCUGAGUGUUUGUGGUGGUUCUUGAAGUCUGUGGUGUUGAAUCUUUGGUUUGGUUGCUUUUGGAGGAAAUUCGAAAUGAGAGGGAAGAAAAAAGGGCUUUCGAAGGCUACUGUUGCUGAGCUGAAAGAACAAUUGGCAAAGAAAAUACUGAGAAAUGUUAGAGCCCAAGGGCAUCCCUACGUUGAGCUACGUAAGCUUGGAAAGAAGAACAACAUUUUUUUCUGCAUUCUGUGUCUUAAGACGUGUUUCACUGAUGAUGUUCUGUAUCAACAUUUGAGAGGCAAUUUGCAUACGCUGAGACUGUCUACUGCUAAGAUCACUCUUCUGAAACCAAAUCCCUGGCCUUUUAAUGAUGGUCUUGUUUUCUUUCAUAAUUCAAGUGAAACGGAUAAAGACUUGGAAACAACAGAUGCUUGUCGGAUAAAGCUGUUGAAGCUUACAGACAUUGACAGUGACAAGGAUCUCUCUCUUGUGAAGAUUGAUGAACCCAUUCAGUCAGAUGUUCAACCAAGUUCAGCUGAUGAUACACUGGAUGAUGGUCAUACUUUGGUGAUUCGGAAGUUGCAAUUUGGGGACGAAAAUGUUGAUAUAAAGGUCAGGAAUAUAGGCUGGGGAAAGAUUGCUGCCAGGUUCCUUGAGAAGGAUCAUCGGGUCAGCGGGGUUAGAAGAAUAUGGUGUGAAUGGUUAGGACAAGAGAAGAAUGUUGAACAAGAUUAUGGCAAGGUUACAAAGCAUGAUUUUGCUCUUGUUAUUUUCUCCUAUAAUGGUGACUUGGGGCGGAUUUUUGAAGAAGACAAGUCAUCUCUGCCAUCUGCUAGUAUGUCAGAGUCAGAAAGUGAGAGAGAUGGUGGCCGAAAGAGAAAGAAAAUAUCGUCAUCUGCUAGUGUGUCAGACUCAGAAAGUGAGGGAGAUGGAGGCCGAAAGAGAAAGAAAAGAUCACAUGAUUCAUCUACAGAAACCUCAAAGGAUUCCACCACAAGAUUGCCUAUUGAUCAAAAUGACAAGCAGCUUCUUGCUCAAAUAAUUUCGAGCAAGGCUGCAAGAAAAGAAUUGAGACGGCGAAAACGGAUAGCAGCAGAGAAACUAUGUAAUGUAUGUCAUCAAAAAAUGUUUCCUGGUAAAGAUGUAGCAGCACUUCUGAAUUUGGAGACUGGAAAACUAGCAUGCAGUACUCGGAAUAAGAUUGGGUUAUUUCAUGUGUUUCAUGCGUCCUGCAUUAUACACUGGAUACUCAUGUGUGAAUCUAUCAUAAUAAAAAAUCGACUAGUACUUCCAACUAGACGAGUAGCAAAGAAGAAGGCUGUAGUUAGCGAUAACCAAACUGUGAAAAGAGAUGACCCUGAAAAACGAAUUAAAUGUGUAUUCUGCCCAGAGUGCCAGGGUACUGGUAUGGCCACCACUGAUGUUGAUGAGCACAGCCUUGAGCGUACACCCUUUACAUUGGAUGAGAAAUUCAAGUUCCAAAUGCUGACAGUUCAUGGACGCCUGAAUUGGAUAAAAAAUCCUGAAGUGGUGCAGAAUUGCUCAAUUGGUCUUGACUUCCCUCCAUCGGAGGAGGUAUUUCAGGAAAAAGUUGAAUCCAUAAAAUUGCUGCCUUUUUAUCGUGCUGAUCUUGAGUGUGGUGACGGUGCUCAGAGUGGGGCAUAGGAUUUUUGCUUUACCCUGGAAUUGAUUCUCACAUAACAAUUAGAUAAUCUUUUUAUAUAUUGCCGUCUGUUAAUAAUUGUAAGAACUAUGAGUAAUUGUGUAGCUUUUCAGGUUAAGGUAGGUUUGCCAGAUUUGGAUAUAUAAACCUCGUAGAUUAAAGACCUGAUUGAGCAUUGGGAUUGUACAUUGAUGACAUACGUUUACAAUGUAAGUAGUACAUAAUUCGAAAAGUAAAUCACAGUGAAUUCAGUGUUGCUACUCUAAAUCAAACAUAUAAUAGCUUAGUUGCGUAUGAAAUACGAAUACUCUUAUCGGAGAGUUGAACAAAACAUAGGGAGAACGAGGUCUCAUGAGUGAGCAGGCAAACGAAAGAAAUAGCCACUCAAUUGCAACUCAACACAAAAUAAAUCAGCAUAUUUGCACCAAAGCAAACUAAUUUAGAAACUUAAAAGAUGGCUCA